GAGAGUAAUACCUGCCCUUGCAGCUCGCUUUUCGUUUAUUUGUAUUCUUUCAGUUGAUAGUUUGUUGGAGUUUUCUGCCUUUACAUUGCAUGUGCAUGAGAUCUGUCCCACUUGUAAUUGGAAGGGAACUUCCUGUGGGUUUCCCUUCUUCUCAUGUAACCUGCGUCGAACUUACCAUGUUCAGAACACGGAAUGAAUACAAAUGAAUUAAUGACCCCCUAGGCCCUGGUCCCUCCUGGUUUACAUGUCACGUGCUUUCUUUUUAAUUUAUACUAAUUAAAGCAUUAUUGAUUUCAUUCUUCAAAAUUAACAGACAGACAGAUUUACAUGUCAGGAUAAGAAUACACAUCACUUUUUCCUAUCCAAUUCAGUAAUCAAAAAGUUUUUUUUAUCCGUCAUGUUAAGCAUAUGAAAUUAAAUUGCCCAAUUAAAAUAAUGAAAAAGGAUGUUUGAGAUGGAGCUUAACCAUCAAUAAAGCAAAUCUAGAGUGUAUAUAAUAUUGUUAUUUAACUCAAACACUUCGAAGUUGAUUCGUCUUUUUGUUUUUUUGUCGACAACUGGCAGGUAAUUCAAGAAACUCAUCCUCCUAUUAGAAUAUUUCAUAGCAAUCUUGUUUCGACACAACUCUCGCCGAGACACACACACACCACCACCACCACCGCCACCAAACAACUGCCAGCAAAAUGAAGACUCAGAAUUUGCUUAGAUGGAUUUCUCUCACCCUUCCCAUUUUCAUCAUCCUCAUCAGCCAAAGCCAAUUCCAUGCAACGCAAACGCAACCCAUUUUAGAUAAUCUCACAAUUGACAGCUUCAUCAACAAAACUCUCCAAUGGAGAAGUCAUCUGAGAAAAUUCCAUGGAAACAAACUGAAUCUAUCAACCCCUACUGCGCUAGCAGGAGUGUUCUGCUUCGUAGCUUCCUCCAUAUCCAGUGCAGGAGGUAUUGGUGGGGGAGGGUUGUUUAUUCCCAUUCUGACAAUUGUGGCAGGUCUAGACCUUAAAACUGCCUCAAGUUUUUCAGCUUUCAUGGUUACAGGAGGGUCAGUUGCAAAUGUUAUGUACAACUUGCGCACCAAAAGUGCCGAGUUUGGGGGUAAGACUUUGAUUGACUAUGAUAUAGCGCUUUUGUCAGAGCCCUGCAUGUUGUUAGGAGUAAGUGUUGGAGUAGUUUGCAACCUUGUCUUACCAGAAUGGUUGAUCACCAUCUUUUUUGCCAUUUUCCUUAUUUGGUCUACCUUUAAGACUUGUAGAAAUGGGGUCGGAUAUUGGAAAAUGGAAUCAGAUCAACAUCAGGAAACUAGAAAUGGGUAUGAAAAACUGGAAAAUGGGGUGAUUAAAAAUGGAACUUGUGGUGAAAGUGGAGAGAUUAAGAGUCUAGAAGAACCUUUGGUGGGUAUGGAAGGAAAGGAAAAAACAAGUUUUCCAUGGAAGAAAUUGGUGGUCUUAGUUAUGGUCUGGUUUUCCUUCUGUAUCAUCUAUCUCCUUCGUGGCAAUCGCUAUGGACAGGGUAUCAUACCAAUGAAGCCUUGUGGAAUAGUAUAUUGGACUCUCUCAUUGUUUCAAAUUCCUCUUGCCAUAGCUUUUACUGCAUGGAUCCUUCGUAGAACAGAGGCCAUUACAUGCCAAGGUCCAAAUGAGCAGGGGGUUAACAAGCUUAUUUUCCCCUUAAUGGCGCUAUUGGCGGGGGGCUUGGGUGGAGUUUUUGGAAUUGGAGGUGGAAUGCUUAUAAGCCCACUUCUGCUUCAUGUUCGGAUAGCUCCGGAGGUAACAGCAGCUACUUGCUCUUUCAUGGUUUUCUUCUCAUCUACAAUGUCUGCAUUCCAGUACUUAUUGUUGGGCAUGGAGCACACUGGCACUGCCCUUACAUUUUCUCUCAUUUGUUUCGUCGCGUCGCUUCUGGGAUUGGUGGUAGUGCAGAAAGCCAUAAAAGAGUUCGGAAGGGCAUCCUUAAUCGUGUUCUCAGUUGGUAUAGUGAUGGCUAUGAGUGCCAUUUUGAUGACUAGCUUUGGUGCUCUCGAUGUUUGGGUGGACUACUCGUCAGGGAGUUAUAUGGGAUUCAAACUACCUUGUUGAAAUCAAUUUUGUAAAGGGAUAAUAUCUAUCUAAAUUAUUGUAAAAUAUCCAGCAUGACAACUAAAUUAAAAAAGUUUAAUUAGGUAU